UGUACCAGAUAAGAAUUUGGGGAUCGCUGAACUAAUUCGUGCACAAUGAUGGAGCAAGCAAAACCGCGAAUAAUCUUAGGUCUCAUGGUCAUUGGACCUGAGGGGAGCCCAGGGGCACGCAUGACAAGUCUCGAUGAUUUCAAACAAGCCCUCGAGAUCUUCCAAGACCGCGGGUACAAUGAGCUGGAUACAGCGCGUGUUUAUAUCGGUGGCGAGCAGGAGUCAUUCACGAGACAAGCUGGUUGGAGGGAAAGAGGUUUAUCUAUAGGGACGAAAAUAUGGCCGCUCCCCGCAGGAUCUCACCGGCCAGAGACAUUGAAAAAGACUUUCGAGACCAGUUUGAAGGAGCUCGGGACGGACUCGGUAGACAUCCUUUACCUUCACUCUCCGGACCGCUCAGUCCCAUUCUCUACCACGCUCGCUGCCAUUGACGAGCUCCACAAGGCUGGAAAGUUCUCGAGACUUGGUUUAAGCAACUACACCUCUUUCGAGGUUGCCGAAAUCGUCAUGACAUGCCAGCACAACGGUUGGGUACGACCCACCAUCUACCAAGCAAUCUACAACUGUUUAUUUAGGACGAUUGAAGCCGAGUUGAUUCCAACGUGCCGCCGAUACGGCAUAGCUGUCGAUGUCUACAGCCCGACAGGAGGUGGUUUCCUCUUAGGUAAGAUAACCUCCAAGGACGAUGACCCGAAGGAAGGAAGGUAUGCCGCUGGUCCAUUUCAGCAUCUGACGCGGGGACGGUACUUCCGCGACGGUAUCAUCGAGGGCGCACGCCUAAUUCGCGAAGCUGCUGAAGCACGAAGCCUGAGUCCACUCGAGCUGGCCAUGCGCUGGUUAGUGCAUCAUUCAAAGUUACAGGUCAUCAGUGGUCAAGACGGGAUUGUGAUCGGGUUCUCCAACUUGCAACAGCUUAAAGAUAACCUAGACUACCUCGAGAGGGGGCCCCUAGACAAAGAGACGCUCGAGGAGUUAGAAAAGGCCUGGCAGCUGUCUAAAGGAGACAUGGAGGAAUAUUGGCAACUCCCGAUGGUGUACACAUACGAUACCAAAGACGUCCUGUUCGGACGGGAGAGCAAUUGGUGAAUACGAGGUCUAUCAUCGAUCUUCCAGUGAUAAAUUAGAAUCUGGUGUUUA